AGUGUGGCCAGCUGUCCACGCGUUUCAGCAUAUAUUAGCCACCCUUAGUCCCGAGGUCUCUGGCUUCUACGGUCUAAUUGAGCAUUAAAAGCAACAAUUGUUUAGAAAUCAAAUCGAUGCAUCGGUUGAGAGUUUGGCUCGGGUGUGAAUACAGAAGACCUUAAUAUGGAUAUAUAACCGUAUGCAUUAUAUAUAUUGUCACCGCGUGCAUGCCUCAUGUGCGCUGUUACAGGGAGUGGGAAAAGUUUGUACGAGGCCUGUUCCGGGUGAUUCGGGUCAACCCGUCACCUCUACAACGACGCGGAGUUUGCUCUGGCCUGUAUGUACAUACUGCAUCGGCCAGCUUUCAGAGAGCUAUGCACUGUGUACUGCCAGUUCCGACAGAUGACGGCCUGUAACUCGACGGUCGGUCACAGGUGAGGGUACUGUCCUUUUCGGAGGCGGGGUUGGAGGAGGCGGCCCCUUGGACGGAAUGAGGCGACUAUCUGCGUUUCUCGCCGUCGCAACCCUUACAGGACAACUCUGGAACUCAUACGGCAAUACGCCCAAAUCAAGUUACGCCUGUGAACGAGAAGGAGCGAAAUUAACAUGUGACGUCGGAGAGAGGAUCGCUAUCCGAGGGGUGGAGUACAACGUUAGGAAGCAAAGGGUGCGACCGUGCUCUUUUCAGCCUGGAGACUGUAGGUUUCGGGUGAACUCGGACGUUCCUCCUCUCAGUGCUAAGUGCGCUGGAGUCCAGACAUGUCUCAUUUCCGAGACCCACCUGAACCCCUUAGCAUCUUCCCCAGACUGCCCAGGCACUUCACUCUACAGGACAAUACACUAUGACUGUAUAGCAGACAAGGCAAUCGGCCGGAUGUGCACAGAUGAUCAGAAAGUGGGCAGUACACUAUAUCUUGCAAACGAAGAGUAUCCACACUAUAUAAAGGGAAGGAACUCUGGCUGUUCGUGUUCAAUAACCUCUGAACAUGGAAGCAAAGUGUCUGUAACAGUCAAUGAACUGACACUAGAUCUGAAACAGAAGACCCAAACAUGCAGACAGUCCCUUAACAUGUCCGACUCUACUACAAGCACAGUGUUUGAUUGUUCAAGUCGACUUGAUUACUAUGGCUACAGAGAACUCUUUAGCGGAGGACCAAAGAUUGCAGUUGAGCUCAAGUCAGACAGUGACGAUGGCGGGCGAUUUCUCUUCCAACUGACAGGGGAUGGAGAAUUGUCGCUAAAAUGUCAACAGCGUGGGGAGACCCCGACAGCGGUACAUUCCCAACCAGAAGAUUCCCCAGCUUCCGGUGAGGAUGACGUCGAAGGUGAUGAUGAGGUGUUGGAUGUGGCGACUAUUGUGGGAAUUGCCAUUGCUGCUGCUGUCAUGUUAAUAGCUGUUGUAGUCUUUGGGGUGUGCUGUUGUAGGAAAAGGAGAAAAAAAUUAGAGCGAAAGUCCAGCGAAAGAACCAUGGACAUCCGAGAAGGAGUUGUCGACCCUUUCAUCGUUACGGCGAACUCUUCGCCUGCCGAUGACAACCGAAAAGGGACGGGAACCUUCCGUCCAUCAGCACCCCCUCACGAACUAGUGUAUGCCACUCCAGGGUAUUCAGCUCCUUGGGAAUCUUAUGCCUUACCCGCAUCACCACCAUCGUCAUCACGACCAUCUUCUCGGCCUUUAUCACUAGGUCCUCUAUCACCACCACCCUCCGACCCACCCCCACCAGUUCCGUCAGAGAAUCAAAAGAACGACCGACCUAGCCACUAUACUUACAUAACGCCCGACAUAUUAGAUCACGUGACACCAGGCGAAAUUUCGGCGAGCAGUGAUGGCAGGCCCACACCCGCCGUUCGAAGGAAUAAAGAAAGUCCCAAUACGAACGGAAGUGGCCUGGAAAACGGGAAAAAGCCGGAUUUGGGGAUUUCCAGAGAUACAAUCCCGGACAAAUCGAUGUCAAAUACAGAGACAAUUUUCGUGGACAAUAGUUUGUAUCAGUCUGCGGGCUCUUGAGAAGCGCUGGAGACUUCGUCAUUCCGGGUAUAUAAGUGACAUGUGCCGAUAUUUCUACUUUAACUUAGCAGCAUAUCUGGGAUCUGAGGUCAUCUUUGUGACAUGAAUGACCACUGUGUUUCUUUCAUUCUACACGAUUGUGACGUUUAAAAUAGCUUACUUGAAAUACUUGCCUUUCUAAAGGUACCAUCUUCCCCACGUGUGAAGAUAGUGCUGCCUUACGUGAACUAUGCCCUUACGUGACCCAUAUGUUCUUAUACGUGUCACACGACGUAACAUAUAUGUUCUUACAUGUGCGAUGGCCUCUAAGUGUUUACUGUUGUGAAUAUAUCGGUGCAUGGGCACUUGCGUCUUUUGCUGUCCAGUAACACUCUAAAAUGUUCCGAGGUGAAUGAAACUUCAUGACGGAGUUACACAUGUACAUUGUAGUGCAGGAUAAAUAUUCAGUCGUCUUGAGAAGUCACUGUUUGGUUGUCUCGGAUCAAAUGUGAUGCUCUUCUUUGUAGCCUUGUGUGACAUGUACUUAACAUACGUGUCAAAUAAUUCCUUUUUUUUUGGCAAAUAAUUAGUAAGGUGAAUGGUAGUCUACGGUAUGUGGCCAUUAUCGCACUUGUUCCAUUCCCUAUAGCCUGAUUGUAUUUGAUGUUGACGUUUAAUUUUUGAUUCUGGUUUGCUGUCAAACCCAUUAUCCACAAGACUGUAUUUUGUUUUGUGCAGGCAUCGUGCCCGGCAUUAUUCCGAACAGUAAAUUCCCUGAUGUCUGUCUUAUUUGAUUCCAUUCAAGUGCAUGAUCUGUGUUAUGACAUUACCCUAAUCUCAAGGAAUAACAUCCUAGCUAAGUUGACACUGUCAAGUGUCAGUACUUCUUAUCAUCAUAUUGUCAAGUGUUGUACUUCUCACCAUCACACUGUCAAGUGUUGAACUUCCCAUCAUCACAUUGUCAAGUGGUUUCACUUACCAUCCAUCGCUUUGUCAAGUGGAUGCACUUCGCAUCACCACUUUGUCAAGUGGUGGUACGUCACGUGCUAUCUAUGAACAGAUACCAGUCAUUAUACCGGUGUGAUACUAACCAUUUGGUCAUGUAUGCCCAGAAAUCUGUUGUGGCAUUACAAGUGAACUAAAACAAGCGGGCUAUGUUUUUAUUUGAUUUGCUCACAGUAUCGAAGCAGUAUAUUUUUUCUACUUAACGCGCAAACAUUUUGCUCAGUAUUGAUCGUAGUUAAACCACCGAAGAAAUAGUUGUGAUUUUGUUUUUGUUUGAACCCAGCGUGCUUUGGAAAAAGACACAGUUAUAGAAGCUUGUUAUUAACAUAUUUUCUCAUUAUCAAAAUGGCUACUGCUGUAUCACUAAUUUUAGUGGCCAAAAGAAGAGU